GUCAUUUGAGUGAUGCGGUUGCAGAAUUUGAUUUUUCUUUGUGAUCUCCUGGUUAAGGAGUUUGAUAAUUUGGUUUAAUUGUUUCACUUAAAUUACUGAAAAUCUUGACGAUGGCAGCUGAAGGUUCGAGUAGUAGUAGUGCACCAUAUUAUUACAGUGAAUUGGUUCGUAAGGAUUUAAUGUCAUCCAUCAAUAAUACACAACAACCACAACAACAACCUUUACAAUCGCCUCAACAACAAGCUCAACCAUUACAACACCUUCAGCAACAACUCUUACAACAUCAACCCCAGAACCAACAAUUGCAACAACAACAACAACAACAACAACCACAGUCACAGUCACAAACUCUACACCAUCCACAACAAUCAAUCUACCGUGAACCCUUAUACAUGUUGUAUGAUGAUUCUCAUCGAGCUCGGGUGGAAGAAAAUAUUUACGAAGAGGUUGAUUUUAUGACUCUUUCCUCUUUACGUGCUCAAUAUGCUGAUACCUUGAGUCUUCAAAGCUGGAGGAAAAAGGGUAGUAAGAGAACUCUCUCUGGAACAUCUUCUUCAUCCUCAUUUACCCGGUGGUUUUCCACUAGAAAGAAAAAUUCUCCCACCUUGAGUAAUGAAGAGGAAAGUGCUUACAUGGAUGUUAAAUUGUCCAAAAAACAGAGACCACCAAUUUGUUUGCCUGACAUACCGCCCACUGGAUUAAGCCAAGAACAAAUUAAACGUCGUUAUAUUGUUGGUUCCAUUGUAGAUUCUGAAAAUUCCUACAUUAAUUCACUUCAUCGUCUAAUCAAUGAAUUCAAGAAACCCAUGGAAGAAUCAACUCCACCCAUUCUGAGUCAAAAUAAGAUCAAUACAAUUUUUUACCGAGUUGAACAAAUCCUUCAGUGUCAUACAAUUUUUGGCAUUGCCCUGAGUCAAUGUGUCCGUGAAUGGGAUGAGAAGGAGAAAAUUGGUGAUGUUUUUAUUAAUUCAUUUUCCAAAUCAAUGGUACUCGAUAUUUAUUCCGAAUUUAUAAACAAUUUCACCAAUGCAAUGGAAACCGCUAGAAAAGCAUCCAAAUCAAAAUCAGCUUUUGCCCAAUUCUUACAAGGAAAAGCGACCUAUAGUCCUGAUCGUUUAAGCUUUUUUGGUCUAAUGGUUAAACCGGUUCAAAGAUUUCCCCAAUUUAUCCUUCUUCUAGACGAUCUACUUAAACAUACACCCUCCGAUCACCCUGAUCGUAUGUCCCUUCAAUUAGCUCUAACCCAACUUGAAUCCCUUGCUGAUCGGCUAAAUGAACGAAAACGUGACUCUGAAAGGCAUUUCGCUGUUAAACAAUUACUAAAGGAUUAUCUUUCCAAUUCAACAACAACCUCAUCUAAUCGUUACCUUCUCCGAAUGGAUUCUGUUUACGUUCUCGACCUUGACUCCUCCACAGGUCUAGUGUUGAAAACAAAAUGUCGAAAGCUUUACCUUCUCAAUGAUAUGCUUGUGUGUGUUAGUGUCCCUUCAAAUAGGUUAAAAUUUCAAGCAUCACUUCAAGAUGUGGAUGUUAUUGAUGAUGUUAAACCAGCAACCGACAAUCUCAUGGCUAAUUCAGUCUUAAGGACCAAAGAUUCAACGCCAACAUCAACAUCUCCGCAACAUUGUACAAUUGAACGGAUGUAUUGUGAUCUAAACAAUUUAAUGCAUGAUUUAGAAAUGAUGAGUCGGAUUAAAAAUCUCAUCUCAUCUUUACGAUUUGAAUACAAUGGAUUAUCACAUGAAUUGGUUGAACAAUUAUCGCGACAGAUUCACAAUGAGAUACGUCGUAAAGAUAAUCAGAUAACACUGAUUGAUCGUAGUUGUUUCCAAUUACGAAUUAGAUCAAAGAACUUUAAAGAUACCAUUUGCAUUCAAAUGUCCGAUCCAGAGGCAAAGAAAGACUGGCUGACCGAUGUACGUUUAGCAAAAUUAUCCUUAGAUCGUGCCAAUAAUCCAGCCUGGGAUAUCGUCAGUGAAAAUCUAUCCUCCUCCAGUGGCAAUAUCAAUGCAAUAACUCAACAACGAGUUCCUCUGUUUGUUAAGUCACUUCCCAUUUUCGCAACCACUGAAGGUAGUCAAUUAACCUGUGCCCUGUAUUAUAAACUGUACCAAGGUUUACCUGGAUAUGAUGAUACUGGAUCAGGUGUAUUGUGGAUAUGUAAUGUUAAUGAAAAUGGUUCACAACUUGGAGCAUUGGCAACCAAUGAUUCUGAAAUGGCUCUUAUCCAUUCAUAUGAACUUUGUGAUUCUCAUGUUACCUGUCUUGAACUGGUGGCUUCUGAUUUAAUUUGGAUUGGGUUGAAAGAGGGAAGAGUCAUUAUUGUUGACGCAAAUUCACCUGGAGAAUGGCGUCAAAUUGCAGCUCUAGAGAUUCCUGGUGAAGUUUCUUGUAUCAAACAAUUUAACCAGUAUGUUUAUGUUGGCCUUACCUCGGGAGUGCUAACUGUCUAUGAAAUUGAUAGACUUGAAGAUCCAAUUAUUUUAUCUCUUAGUUCAUCUCCGGUUACCUGUUUACUACCUAUUGGUAAAGAUAUUUACGCUUGCUCAUCAACCAAAAUAUGGGUUAUCAAUGGUGCUAAUAUUGAGAAAAGUUACUCUCUAGUUCCUGAAAAUGUUGGUUCCACUGUCUCACUUGACGAUCUAGUUAUUAAAGAGGAACCUAAACCUAAUCUACUAGCUCACUGUGGUAUCGGUUUAUGGGUUAGCCUUCUUAAUUCAUCUAUAAUUAAAUUGUAUCAUACGGAAACUUUUAAACACCUUCAAGAUCUUAAUGUAGCUCCUAAUGUAAAAAGAGUUCUAAAUGAACCUUUAACCAAUGAUAUUCCAAUCCAUGUAACCGCCAUGUUAGCCACUCGAGGGUUACUUUGGAUCGGUACCUCAGUGGGUAUUAUUGUAACCUUAACAUUACCUCGACUUCAAGGAGUUCCUUUAGUUUCUGGAUGUUUAAAUGUCGCACUUCAUCGUCACAUUGGUCCGGUUACCAUUCUACUUAGUCUAACACCCGGAGUAACCCUUUCACCGGUAACCAAUCCCUCAGGUAACCCAAGGGGAGGUGACAAAUCUCAAGGCCAUGGAACAGAUCACCAUUCCAAGCAAGAAGAUGUGGAAUCAAUUUACGGGCUUUAUGCAGAUUUGAUGAAAGUUGGCGAUUACGAUGAAGUUAAAAAACCCUCUGGACAAACAAAUCUUAAUGCAACUCGUAUGACUUGGGAUCUCUCUAAUAUGACAAUUUCAGAUGACUCAACCUCCGAGUCUGCCUCAAGCAGUGCCAUUUACCAGGACAAUCAUCAACGAUCUCAUGGAUCAGCCAAUACAAUACCAUUAACAGCUCAACAAGGUUCAGGCCAUACAUCACCCAAAGAUGUAAAUAAUAUUAAUAAUUUAAUGUUACAAGCAGUAGUUAACCAACAACAACAAUCACAAACCCAACAACCUCAGCUAUUACAACAAAAUCAACCUUUACAACAAUUACAACCUUCACAACUUCAACCUAGCCAACAAUUAACAGCAUUACAACAAUUACAACCCCAAUCCCAACAAUCUGAUCCUCAACAACUACCUCGAAUGGCUGCUAAUUCAUUAUAUGAUUCCAAAAGGUCUAAACCAUCAACUCACGGUUCUGAACCUAACAUGGCUUCUACCUCGUCAACAAUCAAUCAUCGUUCCAACAAUGCCUCAAUUUACGGAACCAAUGGAUCCGUAAAUUCAGUGCAAAGUAAUUCAGUCAAUUUAAAAACCGCUCUUCUCAUGACCGGUGGAAAUGGUUAUAAAAGAGGAUUAAUAGACAAUCCAUACUCAAGCCAACAUGCUCAUUGCAUAAUCUGGGAAUAUAAACUGUGAAAUUUAAAACGUUUCGAUCUUUUUUUUUAUCACCUAAAAUCAUCAAUCGGCGUGAACAAUACAACAAACAUUAAUAUCUCACUUAUUAUCAUCUCUUCUGGUUCGUUUCAUCUUACAAAUGGCAUUUUCUUAUGAAAUUCAGACAACAUUCAAAGGAAAACAAUACAACAACAAAAGAUGCACAAAUGAUUCUUGGAUUAUCUUAAACACCCUCACCAAUACACCAGCACCCACUUGGAUUUACAUGAAACGAUAAUAUUGAGCCAAUAUUUUCUUAUGUUGUUGUAAAGUGUUGAUUAACUUGAACCACUUUAAGAGAGAUGAAAAAAAUGAAGACAAUCCUUCAACGACUCCACCUUAAUUAUUAAUUAUAAUUUUAUUAUUAUUGACCACUUUCAGGUCUCUCUCUCUCUCUCUAUCUCUUUUCAAGUCACUAAUGUCAGAUUACAUAAUGAAAUCGUCAAAUCCACAACAAUCAAGCUUCUCAAUCAACAAACUGUUAACAACAAAGAAAACAAAAACAACUAUUAUGAUGACGACGAUGAAAACGAUAACUUAUUCUUUCCAACAAUUAUCUUUUUUGGCCUACCUUUUCAAGACUUAAAGCUCAUUCUUCUUGUCUCAUCUUUUUUUCGCUGCAUUUAUCAUCCACAUCAUCAUUAAUAUCAUCAUCUUCUUCCUAAAAUCUUCUACUCUUUCACAUAACUGUUCCUUAUUCUCAUCAAUGUCAUAGAGAAAAACAUUAAAUAUUCAACAAAAGACAAUACUGAUUACAUUCUUACACUCGCCAAUCUACAUCCUUAUCACCAUCACAUCACCACCAUCAUCAUCACAAUCAUCAUCAUUGCAAUCAUCAUAUCGUCAGCAUCAUCAUUUGCCAUUUUCAAUCAUCUCAUGCCAAUCAUCUCACCUUCAUCAUUUAUAUAUGAAUAUAAAUUUAUAUCUUCAUAAUGUGUGGAUAAACAACCCAUGAAAACAUUGGAGAUAAUUAAAAAAACUAUGCAUUUGUUAUGUGCAAGAGAAACAAAAACGAACAUGAAACAAUUGAUAUUAAGAGAAGGAGUCAAAACAAAAGGAUUAUCCCCAAUUUCACUAAUCCCAAGCUCUCCCUUUCCGGAAUAUAUUUAUUGAUGUAAUUAAGGAGAUUGAAGAAAUCACAAUUAAAAAGGAGAUAUUGUAUUCCUUUUGAAAAUAUUUAAAUCCACAACAAAUAGGAUGAUGGUAAUGAUGUUUAUCAUGUGAAAAUAUUUUGUUUUUUUUAUUACGUUAUUGAUGCGUUUGAAUCUGAUGGGUUAUAUUGUAAUCUGUUGAAUGAGACAAACACAUAACUUAUCCGACAAUCAACAAAUUGCAACAUUUGAUGUGACCACUGGACACACUCUUCAUUGAGAUGGAAACUCUUAUGUUACUCUGAACCAAAUAACCGAGUCCACUCAGUUGAUGACCAUCAUCAUCAUCAUCAUCAUGGGGAACCAUUGGUUAGAUGGAUGAACCCAAAGAUCAAAGGCCAAGUUAAUUGAUAGAAAUGUAAACCAAAUCAACAAACAACAAUAACCAUUGAAAGUGAAAGGAUAAACGUUUUUCUUUGUCUUGGUCCAGAAGGAGUAAUAAUAGUUAAUUGUUGAAAGAUUGUCAUCAUCAUUUUCUGCUCCGAUUUGCAUUUUCAUCCUCGCGAAAUAUAAAUACUAACUUUUCUCAUCUUUAAUACUGAAUCAUCUUUUUACUCACAUCAUCAGCGAAUUCACAAUUUAUCACUACAAUAACUUUCUAUCUCUCUCUCUCUCUCCACCAUGUUCCAGUGAUUCUUUUCUUUCCCACCACAAUCGAAGCUCAUCCAACACAAUGUCACACAGAAUUGGAAGAAGAUAAUUACAAUUACUAAUAGAAGACAAUGAAUGAUUAUUUUUCAAUUUUUUUCGCAUUAUUUUCAACGCUCAUUCAACUAUAAACAAAGAAAACCACCAACUUUAUGGAAAAGGAAACAAAAGACAUUUAAACAAUCAAAGAAUCGACACAAAAACACCCAAACAAUUUAAAUAUCGAUUUCGAUGAAAAAAGAAACAUGUAAAUCUUUUUCCUUUUCCUGUUUUGAUCCACAAUGUAAAACAUUUAGAAAACAACAAAGACAGAGAGUGAUUAACCCUUUUCUCGUUCUCUUUCUCUAAUUAUGAUUAAACAAUAAACAAUUUGUAAUAAGAAUUAA